AUGACCGAUAUUUUCCGGCCAUCGUGCCAAAAUGUCAGGUGUUCUGGUGAAGAAACUCUGGUGUUCCUGAUCCAAUUUUGCGCUGUGGGCGGUUCUGGGGUGUGGAUCACGGAGAAUAAACCACUGGAGAACGAGAGAUCGGCGGUGACCCCGCACUCUUGGGUAAUCCUGGUUGUGAUCGACAUUGCAAGGCACUGUUUUGGUGGACGGUGGACGGUCUUCGGAGACAAAGUCAAUUGCGAGAGGGCUAGGUGA